AUGAUUUCCUCACCGCUCCGAGCACAUCCCAAACAAAACGAACAUGGCGGAGUGUGAGGAGGAACAGCGGGGCCUGUUGGGAGCAGAAGAUGAAGAGUACCCGGCUCCAGACACACAAGGCGAGGGGGAAACGAGGACCCCGCUUCCCGCUAUCUGCGACCCCAGCCGUCUCCAGCAUCGCAUUGUCGUUUUGGUCUUUAUGUGCUUCCUGGGAUUUGGCAGUUAUUUCUGUUAUGACAACCCCGCAGCACUUCAGACCGAAUUUCUUCAGGAUAUGGAUCUGAACACCGCAGACUUUAUGCAGCUUUAUGCAUGGUACUCCUGGCCAAAUGUGGUCCUUUGCUUUCUAGGAGGAUUUCUUCUUGAUAGGGUUUUUGGUAUUAGACUUGGGACUAUACUAUUUUCACUCUUUGUCUUUGGUGGGCAGAUAAUAUUUGCAAUUGGAGGAUUGGUUAAACAGUUCUGGCUUAUGGAAGCAGGGCGUUUUAUAUUUGGGAUUGGAGGCGAGUCCCUGGCUGUGGCUCAGAACACAUAUGCAGUGAACUGGUUUAAAGGAAAGGAGCUUAAUCUAGUGUUUGGCCUGCAGCUUAGUAUGGCUAGACUUGGCAGCACAGUGAACAUGAACAUCAUGGGCUCAGUCUAUAAUAAAGUUGGUGAAUCUGUUGCUGCUGGACACACUACACUGGGAGUCUCAUUGAUGAUCGCUGCUUCAACAUGCCUGUUCUCUCUAAUCUGUGCGUUGGUUUUGGGAUUCCUCGACAAACGAGCAGAGAAAAUCCUCCACAAGGAGCAGGGCAAGACAGGAGAGGUCAUUAAACUGACAGAUGUUAAAGACUUCCCUCUCUGCCUGUGGCUCAUCUUCAUUAUUUGUGUGGGAUACUACGUGGCAAUAUUCCCCUUUAUUGGACUGGGACAAGUAUUCUUUAUUGAAAAAUUCAACUUUUCUCCAGCUAAUGCCAGAGCCGUCAACAGUAUUGUGUACAUCAUUUCGGCUCCAGCGUCACCAGUACUGGGCUUUAUGGUCGAUAAGAUUGGGAGGAACGUGAUAUGGGUGAUGUGUGCUGUAGUGACAACACUAGCUGCCCACAUGAUGCUGGCCUUCACUUUUUGGAAUCCAUGGAUCGCCAUGUCCUUAUUGGGAGUGUCCUACUCAUUACUGGCAUGUGCUCUGUGGCCUAUGGUGGCAUUUGUGGUCCCUGAGCAUCAGCUGGGUACAGCUUAUGGCUUUAUGCAGUCGAUCCAGAAUCUGGGACUGGCUCUCAUUGCCAUGGCAGCAGGGGCCAUACUUGACAACAGAGGCUACCUGGUUUUAGAAGUAUUUUUCUGUGCCUGCAUAUGCAUUGCACUAAUGGCUGUGGUGAUGUUGUACUUUGUGGAUUACCUCAAAGGGGGAGAUUUAAACCGCUCAGCUGCUGACAGAGCCAGACUUCAGAAAGAAGCUACUUCACACUCUGAAUGAUGAUGGGGGAACACACUAGCUUCAGGGUGUCAGAGCCAGCCUGCAGCAGUGUCCAGCCCAUGGUCUAUUUACUCUCAUGGGGCUGGAUUGCACCACUGACUGCACUCAGUUCUGACAUCACCUUUUUCCACCGACUCUGAUCACUGUCCCAUUCUUUUUUUUUUUAUGUACUUUUAUGAUAAUUUAAACAUUUUAUUGAUUUCUAUAUUGCGUCAGAUUUACUUGACAAAGGAAUUUACUGUCACUGCUACAAAUUACAUUACAUAACUGAAGGGGCCAACUACCCACUUGAAGUUUUUGUAAGCUAGCAGCUUUUAGUACUUGGUGGUUCACUUUAUAUGCCUUAUUCUAAGCAAUAUAAUUUUUUUUUUUAAUCUAAUAUUGCUGAACAAUCAGCAUUUUAUGUUAUUAAUUAAAUGACCACUAUGUAGUCUUACAAGUUUUUGCUUUUGAUUCUCAGUUUUUAACAUUAAGAAUUCAUUUCAUUAGGAGCUAAUGCCAUGAUUUUUUUUUAUAUUAAGUUUUUUAUGAAAUUCUCUGUUGCAUUGAUGAUAUAUUUGGAGAGAAUGAAAAUCUUCAAAUGUCAGCAUAGCCUUUAUUGCACAGAUUUCCCCUUUUUAGCUCAGGUAACCCAUGUGUGUUAAGCACUGCCCCCAUAGUAGAGCUGGGGCUUCAUCAUUCCAGUAACAGAGUUUUUGACACUCACUGAGAAUGCCAGUUUACUACCUCAUUUGGACAGUGUAUUAUCUAUCAAAUUAUUAUACGUCGUUUCUACACUAUGGGUAUGGUCACACACUGUGUGUUGUCACUUUUGCUAUGUGUUUUUUUUUUUCUUUUUAAAUAGACAUUUAAAUGCGUUGUUAAAAAAAGAACAAUAUGCUGUGUUAUUAAAUGUUGUACUUUUUAA